UUGAAGCAUUGAGCAAAAAUAUUCCAUUCACAAUUUUAAGGACGAGUUUGACCCGUGAACAAUUUGAGUUGGUUUGAGCUUUGAACUACUCCACUAACCAUUGACUGUCGUGACUACCAGUAAAUGUCCUCCUUCGCUCAGCCUCUCUCUUCUCCUUCCCUGCACCUCCCUCCACGCCCACUCACUGUGUCACCGAUUUCCCCUCGAACGCAAGAACCAAUCGUUCAAACGCACAGUCCUCAAUCUGAAUCUCGCCGCACCGCCUCAUGGGUCGAAUCCCUUCGCUCCCAAAUUCGCUCCAAUCUUUUCCGCGAAGCCAUUUGCACUUACAUUCAAAUGACUUCCGUUGGCAUUCAACCGGACAAUUUUGCUUUUCCGGCCGUUCUGAAGGCCAUCGCCGACCUUCAAGACUUGAACGCCGGCAAGCAGGUCCAUGCCGCAGCUGUGAAACUCGGAUGCAGUGCGUCCUCGCUGACCGUGGGUAAUACCCUUGUUAACAUGUAUGGAAAAUGUGGAGAUUUGGGUGACGUCUGCAAGGUGUUUGAAAGAAUUACCGAGAAGGAUCAGGUGUCUUGGAACUCGUUGAUUGCUUCGCUGUGCCGCUUUGAGGAGUGGGAACUUGCGUUGGAGGCGUUUCGGUUAAUGCGAUUGGAGAAUAUAGAGCCUAGUUCUUUUAGUUUGGUGAGUGUAGCACUCGCAUGUUCCAACAUAGGGAAGCGUGAUGGUUUGCAGCUUGGGAAGCAAGUUCAUGGGCACUGUUUAAGAAUUGGAGACGACAAAACGUUCACAAACAAUGCUUUAAUGGCUAUGUAUGCCAAACUUGGGAAAAUUGACGAAUCUAAAGCUGUAUUUGAGCUUUUUGCAAACCAUGAUAAAGUUUCGUGGAACACCAUGAUAAGCUUAUUUUCACAAAAUAAUCGCUUUUAUGAGGCACUGCUUUUCCUGCGCCUUAUGGUUGAUGAAGGAUUGAGGCCUGAUGGGGUCACCAUUUCAAGUGUUCUCCCUGCCUGCUCUAAUUUAGAGUUGUUAGAUAUUGGGAAGGAAAUUCACGCCUACGCCUUGAGAAAUGAUGAAUUGAUUGAGAAUUCUUUUGUGGGUAGUGCUUUAGUAGACAUGUAUUGCAAUUGCCGGCAAGUUGAAAGCGGCCAUCGAGUUUUCAACAAUGUCAUAGACCGGAAACUAGGUCUAUGGAAUGCUAUGAUUGCUGGUUAUGCACAGAAUGAGUUUGAUCAGAGUGCUUUGCUGCUUUUCUUUGAAAUGAUAAAGGUUGAAGGGCUUUUCCCGAGUGCAACCACAAUGACACAUGUUUUGCCAGCUUGUGUGCAGUGUGAAAAAUUCUUUGACAGAGAAGGUAUUCAUGGGUAUGUUGUGAAAUUAGGUUUUGAGAAGGAUGUAUUUGUUCAAAAUGCAAUCAUGGAUAUGUACUCUAAGAUGGGAAAGAUUGAAGUUUCAAAGAGUAUAUUUGAUAGCAUGGAGGCUAGAGACGUAGUGUCUUGGAACACUAUGAUCACUGCUUAUGUUAAUUGUGGUCAACAUGAUGUUGCACUUAAUUUGCUGCAUGAGAUGCAAAGAAUAGAAAAGGCAAAGAACAUGAAAAGUGGUGAUUAUGAGGAUGAAAAGAGAGUUCCUUGUAAACCAAGUUCAAUAACACUUAUAUCAAUCCUUCCUAGUUGUGCUACCUUGGUAGCACUAGCUAAGGGAAAAGAGAUUCAUGCUUAUGCCAUUAGACAUGCCUUGGCAUCUGAUGUUGCAGUGGGAAGUGCAUUAGUUGACAUGUAUUCGAAAUGUGGUUGCUUGAACCUAUGUAGAACAUUGUUUAAUGAAAUGCCCAACAAAAAUUUGAUCACGUGGAAUGCUCUCAUCAUGGCAUAUGGGGUGCAUGGUAAAGGCCCGGAAGCCUUGGAACUCUUUGGGAGUAUGGUGGCUGAUGGAGAUGGGAGUGGAAAAGUGAGGCCUAAUGAAGUAACAUUUAUUUCAGUCUUUGCAGCAUGUAGUCACUCUGGAAUGGUACAUGAAGGCUUAAAUUUGUUUUAUAGAAUGAAGGAGGACCAUGGGAUUGAACCUACACAUGAUCACUAUGCUUGCAUUGUGGACUUACUUGGUCGAGCAGGUCAACUGGAGGAUGCAUAUCAGCUCAUCAAUACCAUGCCUCCUGAUUUUGAAAAAGUAGGUGCCUGGAGUAGCUUGCUUGGUGCUUGUCGGAUUCACCAAAAUAUAGAACUCGGACAAAUUGCAGCACAGCACCUCCUUCAGUUGGAGCCAAAUGUGGCAAGCCACUAUGUUUUACUUUCAAAUAUUUACUCUUCUAUGGGUCUUUGGGGCAAGGCAAUGGAGGUCCGGAAUAACAUGAAGAAAAUGGGAGUACGCAAGGAACCAGGUUGUAGUUGGAUUGAGUUUGGUGACCAGGUUCAUAGAUUUGUGGCUGGUGAUUCAUCACAUCCUCAAACUAAGCAGCUCCAUGGCUUCCUCCAGACAUUGUCAAAGAGGAUGAGAAAGGAGGGAUAUAUCCCUGAUACCUCUUGUGUCCUGCACAAUGUUGGUGAGGAGGAAAAAGAGAGUCUACUAUGUGUCCAUAGCGAAAAGUUGGCAAUAGCAUUUGGUAUCCUCAACUCCCCCCCGGGCACUACCAUUCGAGUUGCUAAGAACCUUAGAGUUUGCAAUGACUGCCAUGUUGCUACCAAGUUCAUCUCCAAGAUUGUUGAUAGGGAAAUUAUUGUAAGAGAUGUAAGGAGGUUUCAUCAUUUCAGGGAGGGAACUUGUUCCUGUGGGGAUUACUGGUGAAAUGGAAUUUCCUAGACACCCCAAAUUAAGUAUCUCCUCAAGUUGGUCCAAAUUUUAAACACUGACCAUAAGGGUAUUGUACUGCCAUCGUAUUUCUCCCUAGGUAAACAUUAUAUUAAUACAAAACAGAAAAGAACCAAUUCAUAUAAUUUAUUUAAAUAAAAA